AUGGAAAAAAGGCGUCGCGCGCGCAUCAAUAAUUGUCUCAACGAGCUCAAGGCGCUGAUCCUCGAUGCGAUGAAAAAAGACCCCGCCAGGCAUUCGAAGCUUGAGAAGGCCGACAUUCUGGAGAUGACGGUGAAGCAUUUGGAAGGUUUGCGAACAGAAGGCACCGGAUCACCUGACAGGUUCAAGGCGGGAUAUCGUCAUUGUGUAUCUGAGGUUGCGAAAUUCCCGGGUCUUGAGACUGGGUUGAAGAGGCGCUUAGUGAGACACUUGGAAGGAUGUGUUAAUACAACAGGACCCAGACCCGCUGCGGCGCCCACUCCUCCUUCUGAUGUCGAAGAUGUUAAUCCUCCACAGCACUCGGCUAUUUUCAUCUCAGCAGGUGCCGGUUCUGGUGUACGCUUGGUGCCCACGCGUCUACCCAAUGGAGACAUCGCUCUGGUCCUACCAGCUGGAGUCAACGCUGGUACCCUAAGCGCCGUACCUUCACUUGUACCAUUGUCGCCUCGAGGUGCAUCAUCAGCCGCUUCAGAGCCGCGCUGUUUCUCCCCCGAUAGCUCAGGCUGGGAUACACCCCCACCACCUACAGAGGAAUCAUCACCUUUAGCGUUAGUUACUCGAAGACCUGCUGAAGAAAAGCCUUGGAGACCCUGGUGA